AUGAUACAUUCAGACACGCAGCUCUUCGCCGACGCCUGCCGAGGGCCCCGGGGAUCAAGCCCCGGGGAGCCCGAGGAAGACAGCAGGGACACCGGCGUCGCCGCAACACCGGUUCCGCGGCGGCGGCGUCAGCAGCAGCACCAGCACACCUCGGAUCGACAGGGAGACCCUUCCCGGCGGCCCUCGCGGCGCGCCGGAAGCGGCCCCCUGCGCGUGAUUGCGCGCGACCCUCUACGCAAGCGCAACAGUCCCGCCCUAGUCGAGAGGCGGCUUUCUACACUUGUGGCAAAGCCAGCCACGAGGGGGAACCCGUGGAGCCCUGGUAAUCGGGGCAGCCCUCACACGGUGCAAGGGGAAGAAGAACGUAGGCAGUUCUCCCUGGAGGAGGAGAUGAAGGUCGUGGAAGCUGUAGACUCAGGAAAGAGGAAAGGUGACGUGGCCAGGGAGUUCGGUAUCACUCCUUCUACCUUGUCCACCUUGAAGGAGCGCACCAAAUUUGAAGAGAAGGUGCGGGAGGCAUCUGUAGGACACCAGCGGAAAAGGAUGAGGAACGCUCUCUAUGACGACAUUGAUAAGGCUGUUUUUGCCUGGUUUCGAGAAACCCAUGCCAAAAACAUUCCUGUGACUGAUUCUGUCAUUCGGGAAAAAGCACUCAACUUGGCCAACAUGCUUGGCUGUGACAACUUUCAAGCAAGUGUGGGCUGGCUGAACAGCUUUAGGGAUCGCCUCUGUAGAGAGGAUAGUGACACAUUAAUGAACGGCCUAGGAAUAGAUAAGGUUAAUGAGUGGCAUGCAGGGGAAAUUGUAAAACUGACAGCUGACUACAGCCCAGAUGAUAUCUUUAAUGCUGACGAGACAGGAGUGUUUUUCCAGUUGCUUCCCCAGCACACACUUGCUGCUAAAGGGGACCAUUGUAGAGGGGGCAAGAGGGCAAAGCAGCGGUUGACAGCACUCUUUUGUUGCAGUGCUUCAGGGACUGAAAAAAUGAGACCAUUGAUUGUUGGUAGGUCAGCCAACCCACACUGCCUCAAGAAUGUCCAUUCCCUCCCUUGUGAUUAGCGGGCCAACCGGUGGGCAUGGAUGACGCAGGGUCUGUUUAAUGAGUGGCCGAUGCAAGCGGACGCCAAGAUGAAGCCGGCAGGUCGCUGCAUCCUACUGCUGAUCGAUAACGUGCUCGGCUCACAGCACGCUGCCACGUUGGAAAGGAUUCGAGAGGGAUACCUGCCCUCUAACUGUACUGCUGCUCUAUAGCCACUCAACCUUGGCAUAAUUCACGCCACGAAAGUGCUGUAUCGAAGCCACCUCCUGAAACAGACCCUCCUCAGGGUCCACUGCAGGGAGGAUCGUGAAAAAGUAGACAUGACCAUUGACAUGACCGCGGCAGCAUGGUGGUCAGUCAAGCAGUCCACAGUGGUGAGAUGCUGGAAGAAGGCGGGCAUCCUUCCAACGGAACUGACGGAUUCUGACACAGAAGCGGCAGCCAGUGAACCAGAGAUAGCCACGGAAAAGCGGUGGCGCUCCAUGGCUAUUGCCACCUGUGUCCCAAAUGAAAUAAAUUUCCAGGACUUUGUCACGGCAGAUGAUGAUCUAAUGAUCUCUCAAGAGCUGAUGGCGGAGGGCAUCCAGGGCACGGAGGCUGGUGAAAAUCCAGACAAAGCUGGAAGUGAAGAGGAUGGAGAGGCGCCUUCACCACAGCCGCCAAAAAUCACCAUCGUAGAGGCCAUCUCAAGUGUACAGAAACUCAGACCGUUCCCGUCCACCUGUGUACGGGUUCCUGCUGCCGGUUUUUGACUACUAAAUGGCAUAGAUGAAUACUUAAUGAGAAAAGUGACACAAACUCUUGGUGACUCCAAAAUUACAGACUUUCUCCAAAUGAAAUAAUGUAGGAAAUAUACUGCCUCUUUUCACUUAGAAAAAUGUAGUUUACAAGAAUGAAGUGUGGGUUUUUUUGUUGUUGUUGUUAAGAUAGGCUAUGGGUCUUAAAGUUUAAGCAGUAUUUUGAUGACAACAUUCCAGUCCUCUGAAAUAGUCAGGAAACUUCCUUGGAUGGAAUUUGGAAAUGACAUUUGACGACUAUGUGUGUUACCUUUUGAUUCAUCAAAUGGUUCCCAACGUUGUCUGCCCCUUAGGGUCUCUCGAGGAUCUUUAAAAAUUUUCCGAAGCCCAGGCCUUAUCCCAAACCAAUAAAAUCACCAUCACUGGUGAUGGGUCA